UCCGGUUAAAAUUGCCAUUGUCGAUUUUUUAAAUAUUUAAACAAGCAUUAUAUAUAUAUAUAUAUAUAUAUGAAGAUAUUUAUUUGCACUCCUCUAAGCUGCAUAUAAAUAUCAUUUUGCUGAAAACUUCACAGUUACAAGCUAUAGUGAAACUACCACUUAUGCUCUUGACUCACAGCUUCUGGUAUUGACUCAUGCUUUCCUUGACUCCACUGUUUGUCUGCAUUUGUUUCCUGUUAUCUCACCCUUAGAUUUUAAAUUCUUUGGAGAAGAGACCAUCUUUUUGCAGUCUGUUUGCACAGUGUCUUGCACAAUGGGAUUCUGAUCAAGGGCUUCCAGGUGUUCCAAUAAUGAAAAAAAUUUUCAAAGGAAUUUUCGUCUUAGGAUUGCCGUAUGCUAUUCUCCACAGUGGAUACAGUGGCCUGUUUCUUAUUGUCUUGGCUGCAGCAUUAUGCUGUUAUACAGGCAAAAUUCUAAUCACUUGCCUGUAUGAAGAAAAUGAAGAUGGGCAGCUCAUAAGAGUGAGAGACACAUAUGAAGACAUUGCAAAUGCCUGCUGCAGAAAGCUAUCUCCCAACUUAGGUGGUAUAGUUGUCAAUGUGACCCAAGUUAUGGAACUGAUCAUGACAUGUAUUUUGUAUCUGGUUGUUAGUGGGAACUUGCUGUCACACAGUUUUCCGUAUGUACCAAUGACUGAGAAAACUUGGUCUGUAAUUGCAUUUAUUACAUUGCUGCCUUGUGUAUUUAUCAAGACUCUCAAAAUUGUUUCCAGACUCAGCCAGCUUUGCUCCUUGGUUCAUUUCAUUAUUAUCUUUGUAGUGAUGACUUACUGUCUCACACAAAUACAUCAGUGGUCCUGGGCAAAAUUCAAACUCUCCAUUGAGUUUGAGGACUUCUUGGUUUCUAUAGGGGUGAUCGUUUUCAGUUACACUUCACAAAUAUUUCUUCCCACUCUUGAAGGUAACAUGAAAAAACCAGGGGAAUUUAGGUGCAUGCUGAAUUGGACUCAUUUUUUGGCUUGUGUCUUGAAAACAACUUUUGCCCUGACUGCAUUCUUAACCUGGGGUGAGGAGACAAAGGAAGUUAUUACUGACAACCUGCCAUCAUUUCUUCAAACCCUAGUGAAUUUGUGUCUUUUAACCAAGGCUCUUCUUUCUUACCCUUUGCCCUUUUUUGCAGCCACAGAAAUUGUGUAUGCUUGUAUUUCUAGAGGUAACUAUUCCAAUUACAGUUCUCCACUGUUUGCUCUGGGUCUAAGAGGCUCAUUUCUCCUGUUAACUCUGCUGAUGUCCAUGUUCAUACCACAUUUUGCCCUGCUGAUGGGUUUAACAGGCAGUAUAACAGGUGCUGCUAUGACUUUUCUUCUUCCUUCUCUCUUCCACUUAAAACUUAAAUGGAAAAAACUAUCCUUCUUUGAGAAAUGUGCAGAUAUCUCUGUUUUUAUUUUGGGUUUCCUUUGCAGCCUUGCAGGCAUAGUUUGCUCAAUAAGAGGGCUACUUAAAGUAUUUGGAGGGUAAAAAGAAGGGUAAAAAGAUUUUCAGA